AUGAAAAGGAAUUUUUUUAUAAAAACAUACAAAUGUUUUAGAUCUCGCAAUAAUAUAUAUAUUUUUAAUCUUCUUAAUUUUUUAAAAUUUAAAUUAAAUGAUAGUAUUAUCUAUGCUAAUAAAAAAUUUGCAAUUUCCAAAAAAAAAAAUAACAUUUUAAAAAUAAAUAAAAUGGAAAUAACUUAUUUGUCUCAAGCUUUAGCACAAACUAUAGAUAAUGAAUUGAUGUCAGAGGAAAUAGGAUACACAACUGAGCAAUUAAUGGAAAUGUCUGGUUUAUCAAUAUCUCAAAUAAUUUUUAAAGAGUAUAACAUUUCGAAAUUCUCUAAAAUUUUAAUUUGCUGUGGUCCUGGUAAUAAUGGAGGAGAUGGUCUAGUUGCAGCACGCCAUUUAAAGGAAUUUGGAUAUGAUGUUACUAUAAAUUAUCCAAAAGAAAAUAAUAAAAUAUUAUUUAAAAGAUUACUAAAGCUAUUAGAACAUUAUGAAAUUGAAAUUUUGAAAGAUAUAACACAAAGUGAAUUAAAUAAAUACGAUUUAAUUAUAGACUCUAUUUUUGGUUUUAGCUUUAAAGGAGAACCAAGAAAACCCUUUGAUGAUUUAAUUCAAAUGAUUAACAAUUCUAAAAAACCAGUAGUUUCAAUUGAUGUCCCUUCAGGUUCUCAAAUUGAUUCAGGUGAUACAUGUAGCCUCUGUAUUGAUUCUGAAAUGAACAUUUCAUUAAUGUUACCUAAACAAGGAUUAAAAAAUUAUAAGAAAAAACAUUACUUAGGAGGAAGAUUUUUACCAAAUUCUAUAAUUAAAAAAUAUAAUUUAAAGGUCCCUCAAUUCUCAGGAUAUAACUCGUUUGUUUUGCUUUAG